CUGCCAAUGCUACUCCAGACGUCUUUGCCAUCAACCUAAGCAAGGCAAUAAAACAACAGGCUCCACCAGAAACCAAUUGGCACAUAGGAAAAAACGAAAAACACUUUGUCCCGACAGAACUCAACACUUGCACUCACGUUUAUCUUAGAGUCGACAGCGUCCAACCUAGCCUGAAGAAGAAGUUCACUGGCCCUCACCAAGUAAUUUCCAGAUCAAAGAAGGUUUUCAUCAUCGAUCUCGGAGACAGACAAGAUAGCGUCAGCAUCGAUCGAAUCAAGCCGGCUUUCUUACAGGGUGAGGAAACGGAACUU